CUAAAUUGGUUUAACAUCUACGUUUUCUUCUCAAUUGAGUUCAUAAAGAAUGGUUCACUACAUUAUUGACGAAAGCGACCCUAAAGAAUCUGGACUGGAGGCUCCUUACAUCAAGCUGUACUCUCAGGCUACUCCGAACGGCCAGAAAGUGUCGAUUCUGCUUGAAUUACUAGGCCUUGAUUAUCAUGUCCGCAAAAUUGAUAUCAUGAAAGGCGAGUGUAAGGAGGAUUGGUAUCUCCAAUUCAAUCCUAACGGAAGAAUACCUUCUCUUACCGAUGUUUCCGCCAAUGGAAAAGUGACCCAUGUGAAUGAGAGUGCUGCCAUUAUGAUGUACCUUUGUGACAAAUACGACAAGGACAGAAAAUACAGUUAUGAAUACGGUACUGACUUGUAUUACGAGCAAUUGGAGUGGGUCUUCUUUCAAAUGGCUGGUCUGGGUCCAAUGAAGGGCCAGUACCACCAUUUUGUGUACUACGCUCCGGAGAAGGUUCCAUACGCAAUUGAGAGAUAUAAAAAUGAGACAAUUAGAUUAUUCUCUGUUUUGGAAGAGAGACUUGCCCGCAACAAGACAGGUUAUCUAGUGGGUGAUCACCUGUCAAUUGCCGAUCUCUGCUCCUGGCCUUGGAUCAACUCUCGCAGAUUAGAAGAAGUUGAGAAUUUCCCAAGACUCUCUCAGUGGCUUAGAAACAUUGGAGAGAUCGAGGCCGUCCAGCGUGGAUCCAAGAUCCCUGAGUAGAAUAAAAAAGAUUCUGUUAUCUCUGAUUGCGUACAAUUGUAUUUGCAAAUGUCUUCCAGUCGAGUCCGGACAACAGUGCUUGUGCUAUCGGAUUGCAGUAGAAACUUUCUGCCCGUCCUCUGAUGUAAUUUUCCGCGUUGUAUGGGUCUAGUCCAGGGGACUUGAGCUGCGGUACGCUAAACUUGACAAAUAUCAUGGGGACCAUGCUUGAGUCAAAAUUUGCGAGCCCGACUUUCGUGGCACCUGUAGGAGUGACAAACAUGACCAACGCUCUAUUUUGUAGCUUUUCUCUAGCAAAGAAGUCUGCAAAUGUCCCUGUGAGCUCACGGACCAUUUUAGCGUCCAUUUUGCUUCGCUUCCAGCAUUUGCAUUGCACGUACAAAUGCACUUUGAAGGCAUCAUUCUGUUUUUGCUCAACAAAUGGAACAACGUGCUUGAGAGCAGGGCCCAAGUAGGAGUCUGCAGGCUUUUCAGGUUCACGUUUCAGCUGCUUCAGGUUCCAGGUGGCUUGCAUAUCUAUCCCUCCAUCGUUGGCACCUCCUUGGAGUACUAUUCGUUUCAAAUUUAGGUGAUGAGCAAGGAAGUCUGCAAAUGAUAUUUCGUACAAAGAUCCCCUAAACACUGUUGAUUUCGGAGACGUUCCAACGACCUGCGCGUAAGUAAGAUACGACUCUACCGAGUUGAAGCCCGGAGCGGAAAUGACCUUCG